UGGUCCUUCUACUUCCCCCAGUUCCCGUGUCGCUCCAAUGUCGCACACACCAUACUCUUUUUCCCAUGCCACACGUGACCCUCAGAAAAAUACAAGAUGAGAUGAGUUGAAGAAUUUCUACUACUACAAACCAGAAUGGCUAGAACCCCCACCAAAGGAAGCAAGCCAGCCAGAGACUCCAAGUCUCGCAAGCGGUCGCACAAGCAGACCGAGGAGUCCGAGCCUGAGCUGGACAACGAGAAGUUGGUCGAAGAGUUGGACAAUGAUUUCGAUGAGGUCGCAGAUUUAUUAGGAGAAGACAUCAAGGAUCCAGAGUCCAAGAAGGAACAGAAGAACAGAGAAAAGUUGGAGAAACAGGAACAGGCCACCAGAGAGCUUACUAAGCCCAAGGUGGCAGCCUCGCAAGCUGCAGAGGACGAUUCAGACAACUACGACUUCGAUAAGGCAGGAUUGUCUGAGCCCACCAUGAAGGCCAUCACCGAGAUGGGAUUCUCCAAGAUGACCAAGGUGCAGGCCAAGACCAUCCCCCCAUUGUUGGCAGGUAGGGACGUGUUGGGAGCCGCUAAAACCGGUUCAGGUAAGACUUUGGCCUUCCUCAUUCCUGCGAUUGAAAUGUUGUACUCGCUCAGAUUCAAGCCCAGAAACGGUACUGGUGUGGUUGUGGUGUCACCAACCAGAGAGUUGGCAUUGCAGAUUUUCGGUGUCGCCAGAGAAUUGAUGGCCCACCACACUCAAACCUUCGGAAUUGUUAUUGGAGGUGCCAACAGAAGACAAGAAGCCGAAAAGUUGGCCAAGGGUGUCAACUUGUUGAUUGCCACUCCUGGUAGAUUGUUGGAUCACUUGCAGAACACCCAAGGAUUCGUGUUCAAGAACUUGAAGGCCUUGGUCAUCGAUGAAGCCGACAGAAUUUUGGAAAUCGGUUUCGAAGAAGAAAUGAAGCAAAUCAUCAAGAUCUUGCCAAACGAGGACAGACAGUCCAUGUUGUUCUCUGCCACGCAAACCACCAAGGUUGAAGACUUGGCCAGAAUCUCUUUGAGACCUGGUCCCUUAUACAUCAACGUCGUUCCAGAAACUGAAAUAUCCACUGCGGAUGGAUUGGAACAAGGGUACGUUGUGUGCGAGUCUGACAAGAGAUUCUUGUUGUUGUUCUCGUUCUUGAAGAGAAACGUGAAGAAGAAGAUAAUUGUUUUCCUUUCCUCGUGUAACUGUGUUAAAUACUUCGGUGAACUUUUGAACUACAUUGAUUUGCCAGUGUUGGACUUGCACGGAAAGCAAAAGCAACAGAAGAGAACGAACACUUUCUUUGAGUUCUGUAACGCCAAGCAAGGUAUCUUGAUCUGUACCGAUGUUGCUGCUAGAGGAUUGGAUAUCCCAGCCGUUGACUGGAUUAUCCAAUUCGAUCCACCAGAUGACCCAAGAGAUUACAUCCACAGAGUCGGUAGAACCGCCAGAGGUACUGAAGGUAAGGGUAAGUCCUUGAUGUUCUUGACGCCUUCGGAAUUGGGCUUCUUGAGAUACUUGAAGGCCGCCAACGUGCCUUUGAAUGAAUACGAAUUCCCCACCAACAAAAUCGCCAACGUCCAAUCCCAAUUGUCCAAGUUAAUCAAGAGCAACUACUGGUUGCACCAAUCAGCCAAGGAUGGAUACCGUGCAUACUUACAAGCAUACUCCUCGCAUCAUUUAAAGACAGUGUAUCAGAUCGAUAAAUUGGAUUUGGUCAAGGUGGCCAAGUCUUUUGGAUUUGAUGUGCCACCCAAGGUGAAUAUCACCAUUGGAGCCAGUGGACAGUCGUUGGAGAAGAAGCACAAGAAGCAAAGAAGAUCAAAUUAAACAGUAGACGAUCUUGACAGGUGAAGCAAAGUAAUCAUAUGCUGAAUACAUAGUGAUUAUGUAAAAUAUUACGUAAUAGU